AUGGAUAGGAGAAGAGCAUUGCCCGAGUCAAACGCAGCAAAACCAGGGUUAAAGGUAUUUGCGUAUCAUCAGUACCCAACCACCACCACCAUUUAUACCCUCCACCACUCCUCUCCACUCUCCACCGUACAUCAACCACCAACCACCAAUUACCACCACCACAAUCCAAACAUGUCAAGCAGCGCGAGUGCCGGAGAAACCUACGGCAAGGCUGAGGCCAAAGCCGAAAACGUGGCUGGCGCAGCUAAAGACAAAGCCAACCAAGCCCAAGACAAGGCCGCCGAUGCAGCCAAUGCCACCGAGGGUCAGGCUCAGCUCCGUAAGGAUGAAGCCGCUGGCAUCCUCCAGCAGACCGGCGAGCAGGUGGUGAACAUGGCUCAGGGUGCAUAUGAUGGCGUCAAGAACACACUUGGAGUCGGUGAGAACCAGAAGAAAUGA